AUGGCGCCCCUGUCGGACGGCAAGCCCGACCGAAGAAAGAGCGGCGUCGAGGACGUGGAACUCGAGCUUUGUCCCGACUACUGCGCCCGUCUGUACAGCGCGUGCAAGGAAGCUCUGGUGGUUACGAGCGGCGUGAAGGUGCGGCAGCACUACCCGGCAUCUUCCGUGUUCUGUCGGCAGCACUUUCGAGAACUUUUCGACACCAAGGUCGAGCAGGAGGUGGAGGCGCUAAGCGAGUACUUUGCCGACAUUGAUGAUACGCCCCUGGAGGAAGAGGAACCGCCCGGCACGAAGUGGGUCUCCAUGCCCACGCUCAAGAGCCCUCAGCGCCUUGAGCGGCUGUCCAAGUAUCCCACCAUCGCCAAAGACUACGACGAGUACAAGAAAGCUCUCACCGAGGCGCAGGUGAGCCCGGCUCCGAUCACGGAGUUCGUCAAGGACCUGGAGGACAAGCGCCUUGAAGCUGUCAUCCAGCCGUAG